UUCAAAGCUUUGAUUGUUUUAUUUUAUUUCACAUCUCUCUCCGAAGCUGUAAAUCAGCGAUACGACUUUAGAGACAACAACACCCAAACCCACCUUUGCAGUAAUGGGUUUUCCACCACCGCCUCCACCCCCACAACCACCUUUACCACCUCUCGUCCUUGGCGCUUUUUGUCUCUCUACUCUCUCUCCCAUUUUCAUAUCAAACCCUCCCUGUUUCUCUCUCGGAGACCCACCUCCACCUGUGCUCGCUUGCUGAUUCAGCAUGGGCUAUCUCUCUUGCAAUGCAGAGUCCGCCAUAGCCACCUGCGAUCCCUACUAUUGGGAUCUCAAAAAGAAAGGAAGAACCAAGCCCACUAAGGGAGCGAAGAAAAUCAGAGAGUUUUCCUACGCUGAGCUCGUCGCCGCCACCGGUGGGUUCGCAGCAGAGAGCUUUUUAGGCAAAGGCAGUCACGGCAGUGUCUACAGAGCCGUCCUCGACGACGGAAGGCUCGUCGCCGCCGUCAAGAAGACAAAGCUUUUCCACUCAUCAACAACGAGCUUCCAAAACCACCGCAACAAUAACUGCACCAGCCCCUCAGAGAACGAGAUUGAGAUACUCUCCAGGGUACACCACCCUCGCCUCGUGAAUCUCCUAGGCUUCUGCGUUGACUCUAACGACACCAAACUCCUUGUCGUCGAGUACAUGCCCAACGGCACCCUCUACGACCUCUUACACUCGCCCUCCAGAUCACCCCCCGGUUGGAUCCGCAGGGUCCGGUUCGCGGCCCAGAUAGCGAAGGCGGUCCAAGCGCUCCACUCGGCCAACCCGCCCGUGAUUCACCGAGACAUCAAGUCCUCCAACGUCUUGAUCGACGAGAACCGGAACGCCAGGCUGGGGGAUUUCGGGCUGGCCCUGAGGGGACACGUUGAGGACGUGCGGGUUAAGUGCACGCCUCCGGCGGGGACGUUAGGGUACCUCGACCCGGGCUAUCUUGCGCCGGGGGAUCUGAGCGCCAAGAGCGACGUGUUCAGCUUCGGCAUCUUGCUGUUGGAGAUCAUCAGCGGCAGGCACGCCAUCGACGUGAACUACAGCCCGCCCUCGGUGGUCGACUGGGCGGUGCCGUUGAUCAAGCACGGCGAAUUCGACGAAAUCUGCGACCGCCGGAUCGGUUCUCCGGCGGACCCUUCUGUGAUCCGUCACCUCACGGUGCUCGCCGCCAGGUGCGUCAGAUCCAGCGCGGCGAAGCGGCCGGCGAUGUCGGAGGUGGUGGAGUGUUUGAAAAUCGUCUCCAAGAAGGCCCACACGCCGCCGAUCUGGAACAAUCUCAGGCGGCGCGUGAGGCGCGAGGAGGAUUCUCGGCCGUUGAUGAAGUGGGAAGUGUAUGACAGGAGUGAAGAGGUCGUUAAGGUUGCAAAACUUGGAACCAUGAGGAAUAGGAGAAAAGUAUCCAGUGUUCCGGGUGCAGAGUAUGGGAGUGAUCAUGAAGCUUUUGGUUCGUCUGUUGGUGAUCGAAUGGUAAGGUCAAAAUCAGUUGGUUAUUUUAGCGAAACAAAAGUGGGGUCCGAUUCAAGUAAUGGCGCUAAUUGGUGUUUGUUGGCUCGGAGGAAGCCGGCGGGGGUGGCGGUGAAAAUGCCAGCGGUGAGGCUGAGCAAGUCAAGGUCGAUGGGAGUGCUGCACAGUCCACGCCUAUUACAGUGCAAGAGUAGAGCGUUUGUGUUUGAUUUUGGAGGGAAUAGUCAAACAAAAUUGGAUAUUUCCAAGCUGGUGAUUAGUUUGGAUGACAAGUCUGAAAAUGAAAGCCUUGAGAAACCAUUGUUUUCCACGUAAAACCGCUCCGAUUGUUCAGAAUACAAGGUUGUAGUCUCAAUAUCACUGCCCCCACAAUGGCUGUACUGUACUAUCUGAGUGUGUUUUUUUUUGUUCAUACGGUCCGUCUUCAUUGAUUACCAUGUGAUGUAAAUGGAGAUGGGACCAAUUUAUAUUCACCUCUGAUAAUUGGAGAAGUUUAAUUUGGAUGGUUAAA